AUGUACUCGCAUCUUGAAGCUGAAGGCACUUCGGUAACUGUCGCUCAUUGCAAGGCGCAAAACUUACGAGUUGUCGAUCGUGUUCUUGAGCCUCAAACCGUCGCACAUUUCCUUCAAUUUGCGUUCGGUAAUGAGCCCCUACCAAAUGGUGUUCAACCCAACACCGAGCGCUUAUCUGCUGAGGAAGCACUCUUCAUCAAACCAAAUCAAAACUUCCCUCCAGACUCCGAUGGCGAACCCCUCAUGACCACUGUCAUGUCCCGGAUUGGUUCCCACCGAGAUCCCAGUCGUCUGUGCAUGGUCGGGAAGAACUUGCAAUUCCUCAAGUCCCGUCUAUGGGAGGGCGUCAUCCCCCUGAGCGACCAGCUAUGGCAGGAGAAGGGCCUCGACCGACCAAAGCAUUUUGAUUUCGCGUGUCAGUAUCUAACGGCCGUGAUCGCCGUGUUCCAGUAUUUGAAUGAACCAACCGUGCGAUUAUAUCUUCGCGACACGUUCAAUUACAUCCACGAGCAUUGGGCAGCGCUCGACACUGUUCUCAACAGCCGCAGAGCGGAGCAAGGUAAAAAUCGCGUUAGUGUCGCCGGUCUCUGGACAAUGUACAUGGCGGCUCAUUUCGAGAUGAUGAGCGAGCGCGCUCAUAGAUGGGUUACUGUGCAUGUCAAUACACUACGAGCGCCAUUACUGCGAGCUCUUCUAGAGCAUCGGCCAGUAGAUGGGGGAGCCAACCCCCUCGGCGAGCCUGACGCUAUGCAAUGGAAGCUUAGUGAUGCGCUGCACAUGCUAGCUGAAAUUACCGCCAACGCGGAUUACACCAUCAUGAUCCCUAUGAACGGUUAUAAGGGGUAUGGGGCAGCUCCCCCGCGGGACGGUCCGCCAGCACUUCAUGCGGUGAACCUACGGGUGAGAAGUAAAGCAUACCAUGAGCGUGCCAGGCUGCUCACUCGGGAAGAGCUCGCCCGUAGUGCAGCUGCGUUCAUGGGUUCAUCUACAGUCCCUUCGGCCGCAGUAUCAUACCAUACGACAUCCCAGUGCCAGAUUAAAGGCCAGAAUCGGUUGAGGAAAGAGAUUCGUGGUGCACCUAUUGAACCCAUUCCACGCGAGCCUUGGAUUGCUGCCUGCGCUUCGAGGAUUGAAUCCGGAAGGAGGGAGCGUAGGUACGGGUUCGCUGUGUAUCGGUUGACUUACGGGCAGACGGAGUCUGAAUGGGCAGAAUUUGUCCGCAAAGUGGAAGCUCAUGUUUCGGAUUGGGGCAAAGGGCAAACAGGAAGCGGCGCGAUCAAGAACCAUUUGAGGCUGCACUGGCUGGAUGGGAAAGAGUUUGGUAUUCCAGAGGGCGAUAUCGAUGCAUCUAGAAAACACUUCGAAACCAUCAAAAAUUCCCUCGAUGACUGGUCAAAGUUACAAGUCAGGGCUUUCCUCGCCGUUGACUCCGCUUGCUUUGCCUCAUACACCACCAAUUCGUACAGUGCCGUUACAUCCCGGCUCAUUCCAGGUGACUUUGCCGGCUUCCUUCUCGCCGUCGAUCCAGAAUUCGACUCGAAGAAUGGUAGUGAAUCAGCCGACGAGUCUCCAGGCUACGAAGGCCAUAUGCGCAUCCUCGGAAGUCUUGUGUGGAGUGAUCUCUAUUCCUUGUUAUUAUCACAGACGGCAGAUCUCGAAGAAUACUGGCCAUUGGCAAGCGAGCACCCGAACAUGGUGUAUGUCGGCCCGACAAUCCCAUGGCAGCGAUACAUCUGGAAGAAACACAACGAUAUGCGCUGGAAUAUCCUUCGAGCGGUGGUAGACUAUGUAAAGCGUAACCCGGGAGUGCCAACAACGCAAGCACCCCGGGCGCAAGGUACGCUUGCAGCGAUAUCCCAGACCGCAGCUGCGUCUACAACUACGCCAACAAACCCUGCUAUACCCACACCGACAGCACACACAGAGCAGGACCCUAACCACGGAGCCUUCCGCACAUUCAUGCUCCUCGAGUUCCAACGCUACUUACGCCAGCAGGGUCACCCGCGGCGGGCGGCCAUGGUCGAUGAAUUGCUCCGUAUUCAGCCUAAUGAGGAGCCGGAUGUAGGACGGCUGAGACAGUUGGUGAAUGAUGAGAAUGAACGACAGGAGCAGCGGAGACGAGAUGGUUUGGGUGAGGAUGAGGAGGCUUCGGGGGAGUACCGGCCGGACUGCCCAUUGCAGUGA